AUGACCAACGGCCACCAGGACAAACAGCAGACGCCUGCCAAUGACGCCAUCCCUGACAAUCUCGUCUCUAAACUCCAGGAUUGCCCCGUCUUCGACGUCAAUGAAAACCUCUCUGGCCCCCCGGUUACGGACGGCCCGAAGCGCAUCGUCGCCAACGUCUCGUAUCUCUGUUCCAACCAGAUAUUUGCGCCCACCGUCGAGUCCCAGGUCCCCAUCGAGACUCCACCUUCCAUCGAGGAGUUCGCGUUCCACUUCAAGAACAUCGACCCCGGCUACAAACGGUCCCGCUGCGUCGUUGGACACGUCUUGCCCGGCGGCAGCAUCUAUAAUCGUCACGGCGCCACCCUUCACAGCGCCGAUCCCCAACUUCGAGCGCCCACCGUUAUGGGAAGCCCUUGUUGGCAAGGCCAAGUUGUCAAAGAGGGUCAUGCAUAA